GGUAAUAAUAUUCUUCGUUGAGGAAGAAGGUUGGAGGGGGAAGGAGGGAAUUGGAUUCUUGAAGGCGAUGCAACCGCCUACCCUGUUGUCUCUCACCAUCGACUCCGCCCUCCGCCACAUCGCCCACAUCGCCGAUCUAUCCGCCAUCCCUGACCCCAUCGUCCUCGAGCUCUUCUGGAAAACCUUGCAGGCAGGAAAGUUGACAGAGAAGGUGUUGAAGCUAUUCAUGGCAACUGGCAAUGAAGAUAUUCUAUCCUUUGUUCAUCGCCUUAAUAUUAAACCAACCCUUACCCCCGUCCUUCCGACCAGGUGCUCCGAGAAAUUCUAGAUCACACAGUGUUCUUUUUUUGCAUUUAGAUUUUUUCAUCGUGUCCUAAAAGAGUUGAUGUUCACAUGGUGAUUGCUGGCGCUUCAACCUAACCUCACUGCUUCUCUGAUAAUGUAAGGGAGGUUAUUCUCGUUUUCUCUUGAUCAUUAUAGAAGAUCCCGACAUGGAUGGCCAAAAAAUCUUCACUGCUUUUCUGGUGAUAAUUAUCAAGGUCUUGCUCAUUCCUUUUGAUGACUAUAGAAGACCCUGACAAGGAAUGCCUCCAAAUCCCAAGGUGCUACACCGGUUCUGACAUGGAACAAUUGCACUUGUCACUGUAAAGAAUUGUCUAUCGGCAAUUGUCUUUCGGCACAGCACACAGCCAAUGUACAGACAUCCACCACAUAAUUCUUGUGCAACACAGUCUAUGAGCCAUAUCUGAAGAUUUUCUCUGUGGAUAUCAUUCAGUUGGGGGAUAUCUGAAUGCUUGGUAUCCUGCAGAGUGGACUUGAAUAUUAUCGAAAAUGGUGCCCCAACUAAGAUUGUGACUAUGGUGUCCUGCGGCUUGUGGCUUGGGAUGCCAUGUUGACUGUUUCACAGAGGGUGAUGGUGCCAGUUUCAUGGCAUCAAUGUUGCUCAACAGUAAGGUCAUGGGGCCUGCAUUGUUUCCGGAACUGUGUUUGACAGGCAUAGGAAGGAAGCUGGCACAAGACCGCGGAGAAUAUAUGAUGGGCAUAGCAGCUUAAGGUGAUCUUCAUUUGGAACUUGAAAUGAAGAGUGAGAUGCCAUAAGGGGGUUGACACAUGGAGUGUGGAAGAUAUAAUGGGAAGGGCUGAAGCCAAUAAAUGAGGUUGUGUGGCUUAUUCUAAUCAGUGAGGCUCCACAGGAUGUCAGUCACAGCAUAUCUUUUAUUGUUAUCGCUAUGAUGGUUUAGCUGCAGAGGUGGUGGAAAUGUUGCAAGCUCCGGAUCUCAACUGUCAAGGGUCAUAAGGUCGAUUGGGCACCUUCCUCUCUCCUCUUCUGAGUUAUCUGCUGGUCUUUUUACUGCCACAAAAUGAAUAUGGUUGUGUUCUCUAAGAACACUUCAAGUUACUCGAGAAUGGAUUUAUGAAGUAGAUUAUUGAUUUGCAUUAGCAACACCCGCAUGUCGCUGGAAUUCACUGCAAGUCAUGAAUGGCCAACUGUGCCAAAGCUAUUAUUGUCCCUUUGGGGGGUUCGCAUGCAUUGUCCGCUCCACAAGCUUGGUUUAUUUUUGGUUCUUGUGUUUACCAGAAUGAGGCUGGUACUAUAUUUUUUUUGGAGUCUCCCACCAAUUAAAAGUGCAGGUCGGUGCAUAUGAUGUGUGUGUGUAGUCUUUGUUACAUAUUGUGGUCAAUUGAUCAUGAAUAAGCCAACACAGGUGGUGCAACAACACGGUAGCUAUAUAGUGUUUUCAUGAAAUCAGGGUUCGUUUUAAUGCUAUUUAUCAUGUUAUUUUC